GGCGCACCGACCCGGACCGGGCGAUGGGCGGCCAGGAGGCGGAGGGUGACGGCCAGCCGGUGCACUACUCGCCGGCGGAGAAGGCACGCUUCCGGGAGUGCCACGACCUGCUCAUCGCCGCGGAGGCGGCGCUGCAGGAGGGCUUCUCGCUAGCCUUUGACGCGGCGGGCGCCGGCAUCGCACGCGACCUUGCGCAGCCCUCGUCAGGAGCGUCAUCAGGCGACGCGAAGCCGUUCGCGUCCCCAAUGUUUUGGGCACCCUUUGUCUUGGUCGGCUCAGCGAAGUGAACCGCAUCGUACGGGACAUACUACGUACGUGCAUGCGAGUGAAGGGUGUUGGGUGUGGGCCGGGCGUACCCCGCGUUGUUUACCGCGCCGCUCUACGUGCAACGUGAUCUGGUGCUGGACACGCAGUAGCGAGUACUAUCCGGGGCCGAGCAAGUACAGCGAGCCGUGUCCGUGUGUGCGUGCCGUGCCGCUAUGGCAUUAGCCGAUUUACUAUAGCCUAUUAGCGUAUAGCGCGAGUACAGGGGGAGUGUACGUGUGUGCAUGAGUCUGCAUGUGGUACGUUAUCGUCUUACUGGCGCGAGGGC